GUAUCCAGAAAGGCUAUGAUUGGGUGAGCAAGAAGCACCGACGUGGCCAGGCCUCAGAGAUGGAUGAAGCAACCACAACUGAGAUUGGUAUCUCUGCGAAGAUUGCCAGACCGGAACGCCUGGUGCAUCCCAUUCGGCUUCAAGUGCUGGAGAUCCACCUCAAACCCAAGAUGAAUCACUCGGACUCCAUGCGACGAGUGAAUGAGGAGUGCAGAUGCAAUGCUCAGAGCACAAAGGUUGUCCUGGAGAUUCUUGGAGUGUCAGACAAUCUUGGAUCGUUGAGUCAUUCCACAUUUCAGUCUCAUCCCAUAUUUUUCGCGAUUGAAUCAAUCAAAUGCGUGUGGAGCUGUAGUUUUGCUUUUUUUUGGUGCCAAAGAAUAAAACAUGAGAUCAUAUGAGCAGGUGAAGAC